UGUGGGCUGCAAUUUAAGUCGUGGAUCCAUCUUGGCCCAAUGAGUGUUUCUCAUUAACCCUAGCUGCUCUCUACUCAUCUUCUUCCUCCUCCUCUGAAAGUCUCUUGGUAGAGCUCGCAGCGGCACCACUGUUCUCUGCUUCGUCGACCGAAAAUGGGUAUCUCUCGUGAUUCCAUGCACAAGAGGCGCGCCACUGGUGGUAAAAAGAAGGCUUGGAGGAAGAAGAGAAAGUAUGAGCUCGGGAGGCAACCAGCUAACACCAAGCUUUCAAGCAACAAAACUGUUAGGAGGAUUAGGGUUCGAGGUGGGAAUGUGAAGUGGCGUGCGUUGAGGCUUGAUACUGGAAACUUCUCCUGGGGGAGUGAAACUGUGACCCGCAAAACUAGAAUUCUUGAUGUGGUGUAUAAUGCAUCCAACAAUGAGCUGGUUCGUACUCAGACAUUGGUCAAGGGUGCCAUUAUUCAGGUUGAUGCAGCUCCUUUCAAGCAGUGGUAUCUCCAACAUUAUGGUGUUGACCUUGGUCGCAAGAAGAAGGGUGCAACUGCUGCCAAGAAGGAAGGAGAGGAUGUUGAAACUGCCACUGAGGAGGCAAAAAAGAGCAACCAUGUCUUAAGAAAAUUGGAAAAGCGUACAGAGAACCGGACACUUGAUGCUCAUAUUGAAGAACAAUUUGGAGGUGGCCGCCUUUUAGCCUGUAUCUCAUCCCGACCCGGUCAAUGUGGUCGUUCUGAUGGAUAUAUAUUAGAAGGCAAAGAGCUAGAAUUCUACAUGAAGAAGCUUCAGAAGAAGAAGGGCAAGGGUGCUGCGUAAGCUCUGUUCGCACAUCUCAGACACAACCGAAUGAUCAGUUUUGCCUGGAGGUCUGCUUUCUUGGGCAGGGAGGGGUUUAUGGGAGUCAACAUAGGCCAGAACGCUUAUAUUUGUUUACUUGUAGAGACUGUUUAAAUUGGUUACCUCCAUUACGACUUAGUGUGUUUGUUUUAAAGUUGAGACUAAAAUUACUUCAUCAUUCAGAGCAAAAUGAGGUUUUGGGUAAAUCUGCUUGUGUUCUCAAGUAUGCUCUUGCGUAUCGAAAGCUCAAUUGAACGAAAGUAGAUGUUGAGCUCCUUUUUUAAAUUGAAACAUUUACGCAAUUACAUUAUCCCUCUCAUUACUCA